UCCGCGGAAAACAAUCCUCGAUCUAGGGUUUCUUCGCCCCACGCCGCACACCUCCACGGGCGUAAGUGGCUGCGUCGGCGAUGGCGUCGGCGUCGAAGCCGAUCAACCUUGCCCACGGCGCCCUGGAGAUACAGAUGGAUGGAUUGGGUGGUUGGGCGAAAGCAGGGGAGGAGUUUGGAAAGAGCCCCGAGAUGCAGGCGCUUCAGAAGCUAAGGGCUGAGGCCGAGAUGAAGAGGAGUGGACAAGUCAAGAUCGGUAUGCCGACGGCUGAAGCUGCUGCCGCGAAGAUAGUUAAGGGGAGGGCAGCGAGAAAGGCAGCCAAGAUAAAUAGGGCGAAAUCUGAAGGUGUAAACUUUAUGGAUGCUAAAUAUGCUGCGAUGAAAGCGAGGAGUGAGGCUUUUGAAGCAGCCAAGAUUGCCAAGGCGAGGGCCGAAGAGGCUGAAGAGGCUGCCAAGAUGGCCAAGGCGAAGGCCGAAGCGGCUGAAGAAGCUGCCAAGAUAGCCAAGGUGAAGGCAGAGGAGGCUGCCAAGGCGAAAGAAAUUGCAGAUGAGGCGGCGCGGCUCAAGGACAAGGAAACGGAAUGGGCACAAUCAGAGGCAGAAUUGUUUGCCUCCAAAUUCCGCCGUUACUGGAACGAAUUAUUCGCCCGCAAUGGCACCACCUUCCAUCAAACCACAUCUAUCCCUGCCAUGUGUUACACAUACCCUACUCCAGACGAUGAGUACAACACCACGACCUUGGAAACACUACAGAUCAUUUCAGUCAAAGUCGCAUCAAUUAAAGACAGUCUACAUUGGCCGCUGCAAGUGUUUGGCAUCGUUGCUGCAAGGGAUGUUUUGGAUCACAAGCGCAACAUUAUUUUCCAGCGUUCAAGAAAUAACUGCCAAACCAUCUCCCAGGAUGAUCCCUACCUAGCAUUGACAGGUCCUAGCCGUGCGGUUGCUGUGUCGGUGGAUCCUUCGCAUGUUGAGGUUUCGCUCAAAGUGAAGGGCACCACUAAAUCCGAAGAUAAAGAUUUAAGCGAGCUAGUGUUGCUCUUAAGAUCUGGAUGCCGACUUAGUGGUGUUUACCCUAGCAGGCUUAGCGCUCUGGAAUUUAAAUUCGGCCCCAUUCAGAACUCUGUGGAGGCAACGAUCCAAAUUAAAGUCUCUGUGGGGUCGUGGCCAGAUGGUUUUCGCGGCGUAUUCAGCGCGGUCACCUCUGGCAAUUAUGAUUGGAAAGUCAAGUUACUUGAUUUUGGAGAUGAUGGGUUGCCUGUCGAUGCUGAUGGCAUGAUCAAGCUCUCACGCAGUGUGGUUUCUGUUGGUCUUUAUGAUGAGAUACUGAAAGUUUCUGUCGUGGCAUGCCCUGUUGAAGAGGAACAAGUUGGUGAGAUUAGCGAGAUAGCUUUAAAACCUGACAGUGCUGGUAUCAGCGCCCCAGGUGUUGAGCUGAAGGUUGCUUCGUGUAGUAUGGAAGUUAGUGUUGCUUGGUCCCUUUUCUGUUGUUGAUCCUUACCUAAAGGAAGGCUGAUGUUAACAGCAGCUCCUAGCUCGUUUGAUCCGUUGUACUUAUGUUAUGCUGUAAUGGUAGCCGUUGUUUAAGUGGUGUAUGGUACGGGUAUUUCGUACUUGCCAACUAAUGAUGGUACUAAAAUAUUAUCGCAUCGUUGACGUGUAUGAAUUAUCAUGAUCUCCUUCUCUCUUGUUAA